CAUAAAUAAAGUAAUACAGCGCUCGCGGUGAUCACCGUAACAUUUAUGAUAACUUUCGCUCUACCACCCAGUGUACCUGCAAGAGAAACAAUCUUUUCUUUCUUUAUAACUCUCGUGCAUGGAUACUUAUUUCGAUGACUGUAUCUAUUAUCACAUAUUUUAAGUAGUAAUCCAGUGAUAUCUAACAUUGCAAAUAGUUUUAUUUAAGCAUGGCUUCUACUUCUGAGGAGCAAUCUGGCGUUAGUAUGAAAAAAGGGGGUAGACAAAAACUGGAAUUGUCAGCAGAACACAGAAAUGAUAUAAAAGAAGCAUUUGAUUUAUUUGAUCCAGACGGUACUGGAAAAAUUGCUACCAAGGAACUUAUAGUGGCUAUUAGGGCACUUGGAUUCGAACCAAAGGAAGAAGAAAUGAAAAAGCUUAUAGCAAAUACUGAUCCAGAUGGCCUUUGUAUAUUAUCGUACGCAGAAUUCUUGAACUUAAUGUCUGCCAAAAUAUUUGAAAUGGAUGCAAAGGAAGAAGUUUUAAGAGCAUUUCGACUGUUUGAUUAUGACAAUACAGGAAAAAUAACUUUUAAAAAUUUACAAACAGUUGCUCGACAAAUAGGUGAUGAUGUUACAGAUGAAGAACUACAAGAAAUGAUCGAUGAGGCAGAUGUAGAUGGCGAUGGAGAGAUUUCUCAAGAAGAAUUUUUCCGUAUUAUGGAAAAAACAAACAAUUAUUAAUUUAAGAAAGUUACUUUACUUCUUCUUUUAUAAGUUAUUCGUUAAAAAUUGUUUAUUUGUAUGUGUUUGUACAGAAGCAUUACAAA